AUGGCUAUCUUUGAGCUCAGCCAUAUCACAAAUGUGUUUGGCAUCUCUGGACUCCUCCAAGUGGUCUCUUUGCUUAGCCUACUGCUGCUGCUGUUCACAGCAGCCCAAUACUACCUGCACAGACAAUGGCUCAUCAAGUCCUUCCAGCAGUUCCCAUCACCUCCCUCCCACUGGCUUUUUGGAAACACCUUAAAGGUAAGAAGAUACAACCUGUUAUAUGAUGACCAUGACCAGGACCUCCAGCAGAUACUUUUAUGGGUAGAGAAAUUCCCAAACACCUGUGUAAAGUGGUUCUGGGGGAACCAUGCACAUCUCGUGAUCUAUGACCCUGACUACAUGAAGGUGAUACUGGGGCGAUCAGAUCCAAAAGUUACACGCUCCUACAGUUUCUAUGCUCCCUGGAUUGGCUAUGGUUUGCUCCUGUUGAAUGGGAAGAAGUGGCUCCAGCACCGGCAAAUGUUAACUCCAGCCUUCCACUAUGACAUCCUUAAGCAUUAUGUAGGAAUCAUGGUGGACUCUGUCCAUGUGAUGCUAGACAAAUGGGAGCAGCUUGAGGGACAAGACUUCCCUCUGGAGAUCCAUCAAGACAUCUCCUUGAUGACCAUGGAGACAAUCAUGAAGUGUGCUUUCAGUUACCAGGGUAGUGCCCAGUUGGAGGAAAAUUCCAGAUCCUACAUUAAGGCUGUUGAAGACCUGACUCACCUGAUUUACUUGAGAAUGAGAAAUGGCUUUCACCAAAGUAAUACCAUCUACAGUCUGUCCUCCAACGGCCGCUCAUUCCACAGUGCCUGUCAGAUUGCUCAUAAACACACAGAAAAGGUGAUCUGUAUGAGGAAGGCUCAGCUGCAGAAUGAGGAAGAGCUAGAGAAGAUCAGGAAGAAGAGACGCUUGGAUUUCUUGGAUAUCCUCUUAUUUGCCCAAACAGAGGAUGGGAAGAGCUUGUCUGAUGAGGACCUGCGUGCUGAGGUGGACACAUUCAUGUUUGAGGGUCAUGACACCACAGCCAGUGGAAUCUCCUGGAUUUUCUAUGCUCUGGCCACCCACCCUGAGCACCAACAGAGAUGCAGAGAGGAGGUCCAGAGAAUACUGGGUGAUGGAACCUCUGUCACAUGGGACCACCUGGACCAGAUGCCCUAUACCACCAUGUGCAUCAAGGAGGCCCUGAGGCUCUACCCACCAGUACCAGCUGUAGGCAAAGAGCUCAGCACACCAGUCACCUUCCCAGAUGGACGCUCCUUACCCAAAGGAUCCUUAGUAACUCUCUCCUUUUAUGGCCUUCACCAUAACCCAAGAUUGUGGCCAAACCCAGAGGUGUUUGACCCUUCUAGAUUUGCACCUGAUGCCCCCCGGCACACCCAUGCCUUCCUACCCUUCUCAGCAGGAGCAAGAAACUGUAUCGGGAAACAGUUCGCCAUGAAUGAGCUGAAGGUGGCUGUGGCCCUGACCCUGCUCCGAUUUGAGCUGCUGCCCGAUCCCACCAGGGUCCCAGUCCUCGUGUCAAGAACGGUGCUAAAGUCCAAGAAUGGCAUCUAUCUGCAUCUCAAGAAGCUAAAAUAA